CUAUAUUAUAUUUGGUUAAACUUCGAUUUUAGUUGGUUUAACACAAGAAUGUCAAGCAGAAGAUCACGUUCCAGGCAAGCAAGUGGUUCCAGGAUCACUGAUGAUCAGAUUAUCGACCUUGUUUCCAAGUUGCAGCAGCUUAUCCCUGAGCUUCGUGGAAGACGCUCCGACAGGGUAUCAGCUUCGAAGGUGUUACAGGAAACCUGCAACUACAUAAGGAACUUACACAGAGAUGUUGACGGCUUAAGCGACCGGUUAUCUCAGCUAUUAGCUUCGACGGACACCGAUAGCGACCAAGCAGCCAUUAUCAGGGGUUUACUUACGGAAUAAUCA